ACCUAGGAUGGAUAUUCCCACUAAAACUCAAAUACAUUCUCAUUACCAAAAGAAGUAUUUGCACAAAAGCUCUGCUGCUUUCAUAGGCCUUUUCCAUUCUGGGAUGUCGUGGAAGAGUGCGUGGUCAAACAAAGUGAGAAGAAGAAAGCGUACGUGUAAAGUUGGCACACCAUACAAACGCUAUGAUUGUAACGAGCUUUUAAUGAGAUCGAGUGUAGAAGAACCGUACGAUAGAUUGACCGACAGGGCUUCUUUGGAAACUCCGCAAUCCUUUCGUGAUAAUAGCAGCGACGUCAAAUCGAAGUUAUUGGAAGGUGCGGAUGAAGAACUGGAUCGCAAAUAUUGGCACUGGAGAAUCCGUAUAUUCUAUUCUAUUUUUAUUGGUUAUGCGUUUUAUUAUUUCACGAGAAAUAGCUUUACGUAUGUGGCACCUGCCAUGAGAGUGGCUUUGGGCUUCAACUUGCAACAGUUGGGUGUUAUCACUUCUAUCUUUCCACUUGCUUAUGGCUUUAGCAAACUCGCUAGUGGUAUUCUUUCGGAUCGCUUUUCUACACGUCUCUUUAUGUCUACUGGCUUAGCUAUCACAGGAGUUGUCAAUAUUUUAUUUGGUUUAAGUUCCAAUUUGUAUAUUCUGUGCUUACUUUGGGCACUGAAUGGUGUAUUUCAAGGCUUCGGAGCUCCUCCUUGUGCACGGUUAUUAACUCAAUGGUAUAGUAGAAAUGAAAGAGGAACUUGGUGGGGUUUUUGGAAUACUUCACAUAAUACUGGUGGUUUUUUGAUUCCUCUUGUUGCUGGUUACUUUGCCACAAAAUAUGGUUGGAACUAUGGAAUGAUAGUUCCAGGUAUUUUAGGUCUUGCAAUGUCCUGUUUUCUUUUCAAUCGACUCAGAGAUAAGCCAGAGUCAGUGGGUCUUCCUCCUGUUCAUAUAUAUCGAGAUGAUUCAGAGUCUGACCAUUCUUCAUCUGCUGAAGAUAAACAUGAAAGAUUGUCUUUUUUGGCAAGUCUUCGAAUUUAUGUCUUUUCCAAUCCAUAUGUUUGGUUAUUAGCUUUGUCUUAUUUUUUUAUUUACUUUAUAAGACAAGGAAUAUCCUCGUGGGCACAUGUAUUUCUUUUGGACUUUAAAGGAGUUACAAGUCCACAAGAGGCUGCAUUUCGAGUAUCGGGUAUGGAAAUAGGAGGUUUAAUGGGUUCUUUGGUUAGUGGUUGGGCUAGUGAUCGUAUGUUGAGAGGAAGAAGGAUUCCAAUCAUCAUUUUAUGGUUGGUUGGAGUUUUGGUUUCUAUCAUAUCAUUAUGGUACAUUCCUGGUUCGUUUCGAUAUAUCACUUGGUUGGUUAUAUUUUCUAUCGGUUUCUUUAUUUACGGACCACAAAUGCUGGUGGGUCUUGCUGGUGCAGAAAUUGUUCAUAAAGACGCAGUAAGCACAACUAUAGGCUUCUUAGGUUGGGUAGCAUAUUUAGGAGCUUCUUUUGCUGGAUUUCCAUUGACCACUCUCAUUGCUCGAUAUGGAUGGCAGGCCUAUUUGAGUAGUUUAAUGGGUUAGGAAUGGGAGAAAGGGUUAAGAAACCUUUAUUGGAUCAAAUGAAAGCAAAAGAUGCUUUUCUUACGGCAUGUGAAUUCUGUGC